AAGCAGGAGGUGUGUUUUCGUGCUGUCAUACGGAGAAUGGCACCGGGAGUGUUUAAAUGCGUCGAGUGUAACGAAGACGCGAACGAACUGCAUCGAGACUACAGCAACGGCAUACUGAAAAUCACCAUAUGUAGUUCCUGUAGGAAGCCAGUGGACAAAUACAUCGAAUAUGAUCCAGUAAUUAUUCUGAUAGAUGCCACUCUGUGCAAAAUCCAGGCGUUUAGGCAUAUCCUCUUCAACACUGAGAUUAAUAUCCACUGGAAGCUGUGUGUGUUCUGUCUGCUGUGUGAAGCGUAUCUGCGCUGGUCUCUCCUGCAGGGCUCUCAGUCCAGCAGUGACCCCGCCGAUAUCAUCCGCUACACCAAAGAAUGGGAGUUUUACUGCAUGUUUGCUCUGGCGGCUCUGGAGCUGACUGUGUUCUUCAUCGGGGUGCUGGUGAUUCUCUGGAUGGCGCAGUGUUUCUCUGGCGCGUCUUUACAGUUCGCUCCUCUUCUGAAGGCUCUUCUGCUGUCCAGCUUUGGCAAAGUGCUGCUGAUUCCAGCGGUGAUCUGGGAGCAUGAUUUCUCCCCGCUCUGCUUCAGCCUCAUACGACUCUUCGUUCUCACCUCCAAUUCACAAGCCAUACGAGUGAUUCUGAACUGCAGUCGGCGUCUGUCUCUGCUAGCCGUCUGUGGUGGUCUUCUGUUAGAGAUGUGGGUCGCACAGGCUGUAAAAACCCUGCAGGUCUGCUCACAAGACUAUCUGUCAAUGCUCUAGAUCAGAAGAACAUCAGCGCUUCGCUCCAGCAGUCUGAAAACUCAGGUUUCUCUCCAGCUUUUGGCAGCGCGCAUCAAACCUAACUCCGUGAUUCUUUGCUCACCAAUGGUUCAAAUGCCUUCGGCAAGAAAGAGGAAGGGAAUGUUUGAUUUACUGAACUGUUUACCUUGUUAAAUCUCCCAAGUGAAAUGUAAAGACAUGCUUGUCAUUACUUCAGAGAUGUUGUUUGAUCGAGACAGGAAUUCGCUGGCAAGGCCAAGUGAAACUAAAUGAGGUCGCAAAGAGCAAAUUGUUCAUCUUUACUAUGGUUACUCCAUGGUUAUGAGAUUUUUACUCACGUUUAAAGGGAUUGUUCACUCCAAAAAUUUAAUUAUUUCAUCGUUUUGACUUUCUUCUAUUGAACACUAAAGAAGAUAGUUUGAAAAAUGCCCAAACUUCCAUAGUAGGAGGAAAAUAGAAGUCAGUAACAUUCUUCAAACUAUCUUCUUUAUUUUUAUUCUGAGUGAACACAAAAUAUUUUUGCUGCUUGAUUAAACUACUUAUUUACGACACAGUUUCUUUUGGGAAACUUGUUUUUUUAGGUUCAGUUAACUUAAAUUUGUUAGGUUAACUUAAACGAUUUAUGUUGGGACGAAUAAACAAAAUAAAUAAACCCAAUAAAUGAUGGAAGCUUAAUUUUUUCGGAUGAACUAUCCCUUUAAAUCUGGUGUUUACCAUCCCGACAGCACAAUUAUUGAGCAUUUUUGGAGACAACUUAAUUAUUUUAUGUUCGAUCUAUUUAAAUUUGUAAAAACUAAUAAGUUCACUCAAUUCCUAAUAAACGGAUUGUGUGGAAUCCAGCAUUUUUAACAGUAAAGCCAUAAAAAAGUACAGGCCUGUAUGCUUCUAAAGACUUUUGAAGGCACAGCUUCGCAUUCCUGAGGUCAUUCGUCAAAUUCCUCAAUUAGCUCUGCUGGGAGAAGAUGUUAAGUCAAAUAUACUACAGAUGCCUGUGGACCGGUCGUGACACGAAACCUUCACACACUGUAAUGAUCUGGUAAUAUAAUGGGCGGUUUAUGUAUGGACUGUUUUGCUGAUGUCACCAAAGCCCUGUUACAUAAAGUGUGAGCUUUCAGUAAGAACUACAGUUGUGCAACUCGUUCUGAAACAAACUCGGGGAGCAAAUCUCGCACUUCUUUGUGAAACUGCUGCUUAAUGUUUUGUAGGAGGAGGAUUGUGGUUAUUAAAGAGAAUGUUUAACAAAUU